CCCCCCGGCUCCACCUCCGUAAAACGCUAACACCGGCGCUGGUUAUCCGACCUCCGGUAACGGUGCACUCCCCUUCCGGGGGGAAACGAAAACGGUCGCCGUGGAAACGCGCGAUCGAAUGCCCCCUUUUUCUAAUCCGAGAGAAAAAUAAAUCCCUGAUUAGGUUUCCCGUCUGGUUCUCUCUGGCGUUUCGUUUCUCGGUGGAAAUUUGGCACCCUCCCCCAAGAAAGUUCCGAUUUAGGGUUUUUGGGAUCUCCUCUCCGCUUCCAGAAAUGGACGGGCCGGAUCGGGCCGGUGAUGAUCUGACUUUCAAGGUGAAUUUCACGGCUGAGGGCGUGUCGAAGCUCCGGGAGAGGGUGGAGGAGAAACUCAAGGAGUUCAUGGGGGAUUACACCGACGACACCCUUGUGGAAUAUGUUAUUGUCCUACUCAGGAAUGGCAGGUGCAAAGGUGAGGCCAGGAAGGAACUGGAUGUGUUUUUGGGUGACGAUAGUGUCACUUUUGUAUCCUGGCUCUGGGAUCAUCUCUCUUCAAAUUUGUAUCUAUAUGUGCGGCCACAAGAACCUUUUCCUGAUAAAGUGAUUAGGGCCAGUUCCAUACCAAGUCAACUAUUGGGAAGACACAAUUCUCAACAGGAGUGUCUGACUGGUAGUGUGCAGGCUGAUCGUGAGUAUGAGAGAGAAAAGUCGAUUAAAGUGCCUAGAAGUCGGCACAAUAGGGAGUGGAAAGGAUUGGUGCAAGAGGAUACUGAAGUACUUCCUCUUCGAAGCAUUGUGACUGAAAUUUUGCACUCCGAGGAAAAAACUGACUGCAGAACUAAUCUUGAUAGACGAUCUCAUUCUCCUGAGCCUCAUAUUCACAAAAAACGGAGCAGAGAGGAUGGACGACAACAAACUAAGAGAGAGUCAGCUUCCCAUCCAAUGAUUGGUGCUUCGAGCCGGCUUCUUCAAUUUGCUGUUCGAGAUGCUGUGAGGACUGUGCAACAGUCAGGCUCUAAAACUGAGCCAGCUCUGAAACGACUUCGUUCUGUGGUUUCCACAGCCACUACAGAUUCUGUGCAGGAUAAGAAACCCCAGAGAACAAAAUCAGUUGCAAGGGUGCCAGGUGCUCUGUCAAGUGCACUCAAAGCUGCAGCAGAAGCUGCUGAGGAUGUAAUAAAGGUUAGACCUUCACGCAGUGUUUUUGAUAGAUUGGGUCAUGGUAUUGACACUGUGGAGCCAGUUAAUCAGUCAGCGGAUUUUACAGCACCAGACAUGGAAGAUGGAGAGUAUGAAGAUUUUGACCAGGUUUCAGCAUCAAACCAUGUUGGUUAUCACGAAAGAAGUGAUUAUAACAGGAAGUUUGCUGGAAAUAUGACUAUGGCAGAAAGAGAGACUGGGAUAGAUGAUGAUUCUGCCUUGGAUAAUGAUGGAUAUGAUGAAGUAGGUAUUGUGAGACAUCAUGGUUCAGAUGCUUCUCAAAGUGCCUCUUCCGCUCACAAGGACAAAAAAUCACUGAUGGUGGCGUGUAGUGUUGCACAGAAUGCCGAUGAAGUAGUUAGGAAAACAAGAGUGAUGGAUCAGGAUGCACCUGCUAGUUCAGUUGCAAUGACAUCUAGCAAGAUUGUAAAUAUCUCUGUUAAUGUGAAUACAUGGAAACCUCCCCAUUACCAAAUGCCCAGGGAUGUUGCUGAGGCUGAGAAUCGAAUGACUGUAGAAAAGAGUGAGAUCAAUGCAGGGAAGCCCAAUGUUAGGCUGCCAAAGGAGAACGAUGCUACCAUGGCCAAGAAUAUAAAAGAAAUGGAGCUUGCGGAUGUCCAAGAGUCUCGGAGGACUAUGUCGGCACCUGGUUCAUAUACAACUGGCCUUCCUUCCGAUGGUGUUGAUUCUCGAACUCUCUUUGUUAGCAAUGUCCACUUUGGUGCCACUAAAGAUAGUCUUUCUCGCCAUUUCAAUAAGUUUGGCGCGGUGCUGAAAGUAAUCAUUGUGACUGAUGCUGCAACCGGCCAACCCACAGGGUCAGCCUAUGUAGAGUUCUUGAAGAAAGAAUCAGCAGAGUUGGCAUUAUCUCUGAAUGGCAUGUCAUUUAUGUCUCGUAUUCUGAAGGUUGUUCGAAGCAGCGCUCGGGAGACUGGUCCAAUGUUGGGUUGGCCCCUCGUUUCACGGGGUUCCCCAUUCCCUUCUAGGUUCGCCAGAAUACCAUAUCCAAGGGGUGCGAUUGCUGGUGCCUUCCGAGCCCGCCUUCCAGUUAAACCGGGAGCCCGGAGCCUACAGUGGAAGCGUGAAGCUUCAACUGCUCAGCCCACUGAGGGCACCAAAGGCCCUCCUAAUUCCUCACUAAGCUCCAGAAACAGUGUACUCUCUCCAACUGCACGAAGUCUCACCUAUACCCGAACUGAACCAAAGGCAGAUGCGAAUUCUGGUCCAGCAUAGUUAUUCCCAGUGAAAGAAAAGGAUGACAAUGGGUUUGGCUUGGAAUCCAAGAUUUUUUCCCUUUUUGUGUAUGAUUUGGCAUGCAAAAGACAGCUUCAAGGAGCAUCAAGGAUGGGGAUGGAGGCUUUCCUAUGACUUCUUGCUUCUGGAGUAGCCUACGACUUCUUGCUCUUGGAGUAGCCCUGUGGAUGGGGAUUGGUAUAGAGCUCCAACUUUCGGCCUGUAGUUACAGAAAAUGAGACAAGGUUCAAGCUUUUCUACAUGUUGCUUUUGGUAUUAAAGAACUGUGCUGAGGGAGGUCUGUGAAUAAAGGGGAGCUUUUAGGAAGUCUGGGGGUGUGAGAUUAAUUUUUCUCAAUCAAUCAAACAAAUCACCUUUUCUUUUAAUAUCUUCCAUAGAUCAAAAGAUUAAGUUAUCCUGGUCUAUCUGGUGUCAUGGCUGUUCAAGUUGAGAACCUGUGAGUUGGGAAGUGCAUCUAUUCAAAUAUAUGAUUUUAUCGCUCCUCAUUUGGCUUGCGGCAAA